UUACGGCUUACGUACGUAUGCGUAUGAGCUAAAGCCUUUUCUUUCAUAUUGGGUACACGGCGUAUAGCGGCAUUAUACUUCAAUACUACGAAAGAACAAAAACUUGUACGCAGAUCUGUUUGCAAAUCAGAAAGAGUACGAUAUGAAUCACCUUGCUUAUUUCUUCGUUGAAGCGGAAGAAACAGGUCUCAACGAAUCCCACAGUCGCCAUUCCAGCAUAAACCAUUCCCGUUUGCCAUGCAGCAGCCGACCAAUGAGAACUGCGGAGCGUACGCUACUGAUGCAACGACUCCUCGAAGCCGACUCCUCUGACAAGCUCAAUUCGAGACAGCGGCGCCACUCCUCCGGCAAGCUCCGGUCGAAGCAGCACCAGUCCUGAGCGGGAACGAGCUUCCGCUCGUUGGAUUCCAGCCAGAAGAGAGAAGCCACGGAAGUAGAGACAACCAGCGAAUUCUCUGUCCAUAAGAAACGCGAAGGCAGACAAAUAGACGCGGAAGCAAGCGGAAGUAGGCCUACAGACGAACGAACGAACGAAGGGACAGGACACACAGACGAAACAGCUUUGUUCUAAUUGUAUCAAGUCGGAUCGCCGUCUCGACGGGAACGGUCUUGCCAAUGUCGUUCUAGUAGAGUUUUGCUCGAGAUAAAUCAAUCUCAUUGUCGCGGUUUAUUGUGCCACCUGCCAUGUGCGGAGUUUGUAAGAGUCAUGGUGAUGGAAUAGGAAGCAACGCAAUAAAGGAAAAGCAAAAAGCUAUCUAGUGAGUUACAUGCUGAACUAGUGAGUUGGUGAACUAGAGAGCGGGAUUUAUCUAGCGAGCUAAAUAUUGUCGCUGAAUUUUGGAGGAAAUUUACAGGAAAAAGAAACCGUGCUAGAAGAGAGCGAUGUCGUCCGUUCUGCCACCACGAUUAACACGCGGAGCCAGUAAUCGCAAGGUGGCUGCGUCCGGCUGGUCUGCGUCGCCGCUCAAAUUGUCAACUUCAACUUGUCCGCGGCUGUCGCUGCUAGCGUUGUCGUUCGGUGCCUUCGUUCUGGCGUCUUCGCCAACUCUCGGUGGGGGUAACAGUAGAGGCGGCGGGGCCAUUAGGUUCUUCAGCGCUUUUCGCCAACCGGUGGUUUUCCCACCUAUGGACGCGGCCAAGUACUUAGACACUAGCACGCUAGGCCGUUCGCAAUCAUUCGACCAGCUGCCGGAAGAGCAGAUCCUAACCAACGACGGAGUCGAACCUGAAGAGAACCAUGAGCAUGCGGACGAUGUAGAGUUACAUCAUCAGGAUCUAAUAUCAGUUGAAAACGGCACCGGAAGCAGCAACGAAUCAACUGGUAUAGACGCCUUUGCUAGCAUUAAUAAUUCCGAUAGUCAUCGGCCAGGGGAGCCGGUGGCAAUGCCACAACGUGGUUCCGCCCCACGGGUGAAGGCGCCUGAACAUUCGCUCGCUGUAUGGGACUCUGACGGCACCAUCUGCAUCCUGGCCAGGUUCCAGGCCUUCUUUACGAUACCGUACGCUACAGCGGUGGGUAUGCAGUACGCCUCAAUGAAAAUGCCGCCUAACAGGGAGUUGGGCACACGUGGCGUAUGUUCAACCGACUCGCGUGAUCCGCAAUUCGAAGUUCAGUGGCCGCUGUUCAAGUUUAUUAUGCACUUUACACGCUCGCGCCAAAGAAGUUCAUGGUACGUAAACAAACUAGAGGUGCAAUAUAAUACUAAUUCGCCUCUUUUUCCUGGGGCACUGAAGGCAGGCCGUCGAUACGCAUCGACAACGCACAAUAUCAGCCUGUUCAUGACGCCGAUGGGCCAAUCAUACGGAUGUCCUUUGCAUCCGCCUCUAGCGCUAGCCAUCGUCAAUUCAAGUGCGAAAAUUAUGGUAAAACUAAAGGACAUGCGCCUUCAGGCAUAUCAGCUGACUGGCAACUAUGGACCACUGUCUCGUUGUCAGCAGGUAGCCAUGGCUCACACGCUCGACCCGUACAACUACGAUCGGACGGUGCCCGUCGCCGUUGGCAGCACCCUGGCCGGCGUUUCAAUCGCCACCGUCGUUGGGUAUGCCCUCUACAGAUCGGUGUUUGCUCGCAAAGUGGACUACGGUGCAGUGCAGUAAUCCAAAAGCUGUUAUCACUUCGAGCCAGCGCUACGACUAAGUCAGAAAAGAAAUGAAGUGAAGGAGUACAAUCCAAUCAAGACGACGAUCACAGCGUACUACCUGUAUGCCAGUAAUAAUAACCAAUUGUGAAAAAUAUCGAUGGGCUCACCUGUGCAUCGCUGUAGACUAUUUGACCACUUGGGUAUUCGGUAUUCCGUAGAAAACUGCGGUUUUUUUCAUAGCAACUGGCUCGUUUUUUAGGUGCUACGGAUCUUCAACAUAUCGCUGACUUUACAAACAAUAUACAACUACCAUUGAAACUGUAUGUUACUACUAUAUUAUAUAAUAUAACCUAUGUUCACUGUACAUGCUUACGUCGUAGGCCAAUUUAGGUACAUGAACAAGGAAUAACGCGGUUAACGCUGCACGUUGUUGUGAAUCUGGCAUAAUAGUUAUGACGUUAAUCGUGCACACUUCGAUCGCGUGCAUAUUCUGCUCGAUAAACAAUAUCCCGCUCGACCUCCCCGAUCGAUGAAAAAUCGACAACUACUGAUAUGCCAAUUCACAUACUAUGCAUUUACAAAUAGCUCGAACAAACAUCUAUUUGCACAACAAGACAACAACCGGGAAUAAAACUUCGAUAAAGGCAACAUCCAUAGUCGCUUCCUAUUGCAUGCCAAUUUUCUGCGCGGUUAAGGAACACUCGAUGGUAUGUACUUAGGGAAAAGGUAGAUCCGCGCAAAUAGUAAACGUGCGUGUUGAUACGAUAGUGGCGUCGUUGCCUUCCUGCAUUAUGAUUGGGAUACUGUGAUAUUCAGCUAUUAUCAGCAUAACAAAUAAUCGAAAGUGACAUGGGUAGACAUAAGAGCGCUCGUGGGUCGCUCGGUCAUCGGUUCCGCUCGAUUAAGCCGAACAGACGACGCGACUAAUUAAACAUGAUCGAAUAUUGCAGUUAUCGAUCAAUAGGCCCGAUCGAAGAGCUUACUUUUACCCAUUACCUAACUUUCUGUCGACGGACUAUAAACGUAAAAUCCGACAACGGCUUAUGUCGAUUUGAAGGGAAAAAGACGAAUACGUGCUCUUCGUGUGUACGUUAAAUUCGGGCGACGCCUGUGUACUCACAACAAAUACUCUACAUAAACACGUUCUUCUGUCAUUGUAAGAAUUUAUUCUGCAAGGCGCUGAAUCCGGAACAAACACAUUGCUUUACUAAAUUAGGACGUGCUAAUAUUUAUCUUGUCCCAGUCUUGUGUUGUCUCCGCUCUUACAUGAUCCGCGAACUAUGGAAACAUCCCCUUCAAACGUUUAUGGCGGAGAAAAAAUCCGAGAAAACUUGGUCGGCUUGGUAGAGCUCGGGGGCGCUUCUGCAACUCGUCCACAAGUAUCACAGAAUUGGAAAUUAAUGCAAAGACGAAAUGAACGAACCCAGAGAAGAUGUGUCUUCGCAAUGCCCAAAGCAUAAGAUACUAAUUUCGAUUUGACCUAGGGUCACAUUCUCAGAAUCAGAGCUUUUUUGUGCUAAAUGCUCUCUUUCUCUGUCGCUGUGUUAAAUGGCAACUGAACACAACCUUUCUGUAUCGGCUGUAGCAAAAGGAAAGGGCUAACAAUUGUGUGAAGAACAGGAUCAUAGUAUCUGGCGGUCGGAUGGCAUUAUGUGGAAAUGCAGUUUUGUUAUAAACAGAAAUAGAGCAUUUCUAUACACAAUAUACCGGAUAAUAUGAAUUGUCUCAUUAACGCUUUUCCAAUGUUCACUUAAGAAACAACGCAGUCGUUGUUGUUGUAUGUAAGUUAUAUGACCUAUUAUGAAUAAAGGACGAGAAGAAUGGAUACGAGGCUGCGCUGAUUCUUUUAGAUAGUAUAGCUGAAAU